GAUACAACCGACACACUCCGCGCUCUGCGCAUCGUGACCUAAUAGCUGUGUGUCUGUGUAUGUUUCUAAAGCAAACUGAUUUUGUGAAAUCGUGUGAGAGCCGGUGGGGCUGCAUCGCUCCAUAUUUUUGCGCAACUAUUUUCAUUCCUCCAGCGUCACAGCUAUUAGCUGAAGAAAACCAUGAUCCGAGAUUGUUUCUGCAUCUGGCGCGCGCUUUGGGUCGCUGCUCGUUCCGGACUGUUAAAGCGGCGCUGAAAACCGCUGCACUCUGUUUGAAUAACUUUGAUCGCGGUGGUGACGGGUGAUCACUGAAGUCUAAAACUCUCUCCUCUAUCGGACUCAUGGCUCUGUGGACAAUGGACCUGAUCAGACUGUGUCUGCUCCAGCUGGCUGUAAUAGGAGUGCCCUGGCUGGUGUUGGCGAGGCAGCAGGACUGCCUGACUGCAGGCGAUUCAUGCUCCAGUGAUGAGGCGUGCAGUCCACGACUACGCACUCUGCGUCAGUGUGUGGCAGGCGGAGGGAGUGUGAAGCUGGGGCCAGGGGCUCGUAACCACUGCGAAAACGCGGUAACCGCUCUGCUAGCCAGUCCUCUUCACCGCUGCCAGUGUAAACGUGGCAUGAAGAGGGAGAAGAACUGCCUCAGCAUCUACUGGAGCCUCAAGCAGUCUGUAAUACACGGACUGAACCUUGUAGAGAAUUACCCAUAUGAGCCUGUCGAGCGAGGGUUUGAUUAUGUUCGGCUGGCUUCCAUCGCUGCAGAGUCUGACGCGGGUAUGGCGACAGUGAAUCAUUGUCUGGAUGCGGCUAAAGCCUGCAAUGUGGAUGACACAUGCCAGAAGCUGCGCACAGAGUAUGUGUCGGCCUGCAUCACCCCAUCAGUGAGAGUGGGGUCUUGUAACCGCAUGCGCUGCAACAAAGCCCUCCGAAAGUUCUUUGACCGUGUGCCACCUGACUACACACACGAGUUGCUGUUCUGUCCGUGCUCAGACACAGCAUGCUCUGAGCGCCGGCGCCAGACUAUCGUCCCUGCAUGUUCAUAUGAGGAAAGAGAAAAACCCAACUGCCUGGUUCAGCUCAGCAGCUGCGAGGAUGACCUUGUGUGCAAAUCUCGUUGGGCCCAGUUCAAGCAUGACUGCCAGCCUUCAGAGCUCACUGCCAGCAGCUGCCAGCAAGAGAACUAUGGGGCCUGCCUCAUUGCCUACACUGGCCUGAUAGGAACCCCUCUCACCCCAAACUAUUUGGAUAACUCCACAUCUAACGUGGGGCCAUGGUGUUCGUGUGCAGCCAGCGGGAAUCACAGGGAGCAGUGCUAUGAUUUCCUUAUCCAUUUCCAUGAAAACACAUGUCUAAAAAACGCUAUCCUUGCCUUUGGCAACGACACUGACUCCAAAUCAGCAGCUAACCAGCCAGAUACAGCCAGUCCAAGGACCAAUCAACGCCUAGCUACCAGUACCAUAACCACUACCACCAUCUCAAUUAACGUGGAGAGCCAGCAGAACAUCUUCCAUCCACAAAUACCCACCCAGAUGAACGAGAAAGACAGACUGUUGAGUGAAUCUACCCUCCCAUUACCUGAUCUGUACGACAGCAGCCCUGGAUGCACUGACCUGGCAGUGACAGCUUUUCUCCCCACCAUCCUGUUGCUGGCUCUUCAGUUCUAGAAUCAAGCCGGCCAAUCACAGCUCAGCAGCAUGGAGUUGGGUUGGGACAGUGUGUGAGGCUUUUCAUCAAACCCCUCUGGUGAGAAAAAGAGAGAACUAUCCAAAAAAAAAAAGACUAUGGCCCAAGUUUCCAGCCCACAGUGUGAAGUGGUGAUUUAUUUUAUGAGCACAGUUCUAUGACUGAUAUGCGAGAUUGAACUGGAGUAAAGAGUGUGUGUAUAUAUGUGUGUGUGUGUGUGUGUGUGUGUGUGUAUAAAACUUUCUAUGAAGGAAAAAAGUAAAAAGAACACAUUUUGAAGUGCAAAAAACUUAAAUAACUCUGUGGCUUAUCAUAUAGUCCCUAAUCAUUAUUAUGUCAAUACAUAUUUUUUCAGAUACAGUGAUUUUGGUACACCUGUAUUGACUAAUCAGGUCAGUUCUACAGCAUGCAUAAGGGACAAAGCACACAUUGAUGAGUGUCUAGCUCGAGAGCUGUAAUCAUACACUAGUAUUUGUGGUGAUGAUGACUCUUCACAGUAAGACAAUUUAUUCUGAUGGAAUCGCAGGGAUGUUUAAAUAAUAUGACGUACUUUAUUUUUGUAAUGUGUAGAAAUUAUUCAUUUAUCAUUAGUGAUAUUCUCUCUUGUUACAGUCAUGAGUUUUGUCUUCAGUGAUGUCUGCAAAUUACAUACCUUUGCUUUAACCUGAGACUUACUGAACUGCCAUGUAUUUGAUCUUUUCCGUGAAUUAUGAGUGCAAAAUCACUUGUCAUUUUAAACAAAUGCUCUGUAGUCCACACAUGCUGGGAUAAAUCACAAGAGUUUACAUUGAACUGCCAGUUUAUUCCAUAAAGACCCCCCCCCCACAAACCCAUCUUCACACAAAUGAAACCUUCCAACAAGCUAUAUGUCAUGUGACUAGAAAGAGUUACUUUUGAGUUAAACAUUGGGUGGAAUCAGAAAUGCAUGAUCAAGCUGGCUAUGAUUGGUGUUGCUAAAUGUGACUGAAAAGCAUCUUACAAGUGGAUCUAGUCAUGGCCUUCUCACACAUAAUUGGUUUAUAGAGAAUUGUUUGAAAUGCCAAAGAGAUGAUUGGAGAUCCUGUGGACAUGGUAUAGAUCAAAGGAGUAUGAUGCGAAUCGUGCAAGCAGACAGACGUGCCACAGUCACAAAUCAACAUUGGUGUGUGAUCUCGAACUCCACUUACCAGCUACUACAAUCGAAGACCAGCAGCAAAGGGUAAGAAGGCACAUAUCAAAUUUGAACUCUGAAUCUGAACAUGUCAAAAUUAGAACUCUGAGGACUGGACUUUUUAUUCCCCCCCAUGUCAAAUGAAUCCAGGAUCCUUUUGCAUGAUGAUGCAUUGAUGGAGGAUCAGCUUGCAAACAACAUGAUUCCACUGAGCUUCCUGUUCCAGUUUGACUAAUACUACAGGCAGGAGCUGGCAGUGUGAUGAUGUGGUGAACAUUUUCCGUAACGUGACAUUAAUAUACACUGAAUACCACCUGAACAGCACAGCGUACCUGAACAACGUUGCUGAGCAACUCCACCCUUCUACAGUUGGUUACAGUGUACCCACACUCAGAGCGAUACUUACUGUAGGAUAAUGUAUCAUAUAACACAGCUCAUGUUGUUACUGAAUGGCUCGAGGAAAAUGAGAGCAAAUUAUUUUUAUUGCUUCAGUAACCUACACAAUCCCCAGACUUCAACAGAAAGACUGAGAUGCCACACACUACUAGGUACUUAAUAAUCUGGCAACACAGAGCAAGCCUUACAAAAAAAAAAAAAAAAAAAAAAAAAGUGCUUGUUUUUAAAGAUGGUCCACAAGAAUUAGUCACGGUCACAACGAACAUAUAUUAGAUGACAGCAUCACGUCUCUCAGCUUUUGGAUGUCAUUAUCCACUUUCACACAAUGGCAAAACAUAAGCACUUAAAACACUUGGCUGCAUGGACUCCUGGAGCCAGUGCCUGUGGUUGUGAAAAUCAAAAGACCAACAGCAGUCAAUGACAUAUAAAGCACAGAUUUAAAAAAAUAAAAAAUAAAUAAAUAAACAAAUAAAUAAACCUUCUGUGUAUUUGAUAUUCAGGAACCAUAUUUCUUUCUUUCUUUCUUUUUUUGCUUGCUGCAAAAUCUAUUGACCUGUCAGCUUCUUGGGACACAAAAAAGGACAUGGUGUUGACAAGUGGACAGGGUUUGUUUAAUAUGAUUGUAAUUUCUUGAAAAAUAAAGCUGCCAUAUGAAGAUGUACAAACUGCAUCGAGUGUUUUCAAAGUAGAAUUCAACAUGCGCUGUGAGAAUAACAAAACAGAAGAAGAAAAAGAGAUAACACCUCAUGCAGCCUAUUUGCAUAUAGCUUCUUGUCUGCAGCUGGGCUGAGUGUGUCUCCAGGCUAUGGGUCAGCAAACACUGCUGUGCUCCAGCUCUGGUCAGCUACAAACAACAGCCGAACACAUACAGUACACACUGCUACACUGCUCUGAAGUCAACAUGACAUUAUAUCUAUUUAUUCCCUUAAGCACCAACUUAUUUUCUGAGUUUGUUUAAUGCAGUCCUUCUUGUCUUAUAUGCUCUGUGUGUCCAUAUUCCAAACCCUCAGCAGCUGAUAAUCAUGUUUUCUGCCUUGUAUUCAGAAGGCAACAAUCUUUGUAGGAAGCAUGAUAGAGCAUCAUUUGCACACUUCAAAGAUAAAAGCUUCCAUUCUCCAUUAGCAGGACAAGACUGAUAUGUUAUUUUGACCAAAUUUCAAGGCAGCACUGCAUAUAUUCUUUGGGAUGAAGGUGAGUCCAUAAUUCCAGCAGUCACUCCUUUCAAAUUUGAAAAACAUCAGACAGAAUAGCCUUUGUGACUGAAAAAAAGAAAGACUUUGGCUAUACUGCCAGCUUUAUAGCUGAACUGAUGUAACCUGACAGCAAGUGUGAAAUUAAAAACUUCCUGUUGUCUCAGGGACAGACAGAAAAGCUGGCAAUGAAGCGAGAAAUGUAAUCAGUAACAAUGACUGCCCUAUUUUGAGUAUCCAGUGCCUGAAUAACAAGACACAAAUCACAAAUCUUUAAAUAAAGCACAAUGAGCACACAGCUGUGAUUGCAUGGAGGAACCUGGGGGAGAAAAAAAAAAGCUUUAACAGCAAACCUACGUCAAUAUGGAAGCUAUUUCAUAUUUCAGUUAAGCAAACUGAGCUUUUUAUUUUUUACACUGAAAAGCAUAGUUUCAGAGACCACCUCCAACAAUGGAACAGAACUGAAGUGAAAUGAAUUCUGCCAGAUUAUAUUAUUCAGUUGAACGUCAGUUAGCUAUCGUAUUAACAUUAACAUCAGUCUGCUUAAAGACUUAAAAAUAGAAAUUCUUAAUUCAACAUUCAAAUCAUAGCUUAU